AUGGAGCUGUUGUACAGAAGAUGGAUGUUCCUUCUCAUAGUGUAUAUUUCAGGAAUUGUUGUUUCUUACCCCCAAUUUCGGGGACAGAUUCCUAACGGGGAGCAGGUGCCCGACCCCUACACGGACGGUGUGUGGUCCGCCGUAGGCCACGCUAAUCCUAAAGGUGGACAUGAGAGAAAUCCAUUCGGUAACGACUUUGCUGCGUCCGGAAUGACAUGGUCGGAGACCCUCUGUAGAACUGAUUCUGACGGGGACGGGAGGAGUAAUGGGGAAGAGCUCGGCGACCCUGACUGCUCGUGGAACCAGAGUCAUCCCUUAACAGGGCGCGCCAUUAGUCAUCCAGGUGUCUGCGAACCUAUGGAUGACAACCGAUGUAAAGGAAAGAACGAUUGGGUGGUUUGCAACAGAAAGAACGAACUGGAAUGUGAUUUGAUAUAUGAUCCAGAAACGCAAUAUUUCGACAUCAAGUUUCCUCGACGAAGAGUUCCUUCAAAGAAGACGACUUAUACAUGCAUGGUGGUGGAGGUACCGGAGGUGGGAGACCACCACAUGGUGGCUAACAAACCCCUCGUAGACAACGAUCACGUGAUGCAUCAUAUGCUGCUUUAUGGUUGUGAAGGAGAUGCCGUUCCAAAGUUGAACACACCGUACGAAUGCGGCAUGGAGCCUUCCAUGGGUUGUAGAGAUCUACUAGGUAUAUGGCAAGUCGGACUGCAGGGAGAGUGCAUGCACCCUGACGCGGGCUUCCGGUUCGGAAAAAACGGAUAUCGACAUCUUGCUCUGCAGAUGCACUGGACAAACAUACAAGAACGGUCCGAUUUCUACGACAGUUCAGGGAUGAGGAUAUUCUACACGACCUCCCUCCGACAGCACGACGCCGGGACCCUGUGGGUGGGUCAGAUGUUCUUGGAGAUUCCUCCCCACACACCGGAAAUAGAUGUUGAAGGUGUAUGCUCCUCCGAAUGUACGGCCAAAAUUUUCACGGAAAAUCUCAAUGUAAUUGGAGCGAUAAAUCACAUGCAUACAUUGGGAAUCAGACAAAAUGUGAAACAUUUCAGAAACGGUGAACUUCUUGGCCUCAUCACCAACGAUACCCAUUACUCCUACAACAGGCCGACGCAGACCAUCGGAGCUUUCUCUCGCUCAUCUGACCACGCCUCUUCUGUGAUUGACGGUCUCCUUAGUAACUACGAUAUCAGACUGAGACCCAAUUUUGGAGAUGAUGCAGUGGAUGUGGGGAUUGAGCUAAUGGUGGCCAGUUUUGAUAAAAUAUCGGAAGUCAACAUGGACUACACCAUAACCAUUUACCUGAACCAGUACUGGAUGGACGAGCGACUGGUUCACGGUAACCGGACGUCUUCCAGCAUCACGUUAACGGGAGACUUUGCCGACAAAAUCUGGGUGCCCGACACGUUUUUCGCCAACGACAAGAACUCCUUCCUCCACGACGUAACGGAGAAAAACAAAAUGAUCCGUUUAUACGGUAAUGGAUCCAUCGUUUAUGGUAUGAGGUUUACCACGACUCUCGCUUGCAUGAUGGACCUGCGGAACUACCCGCUGGAUGAGCAAAAUUGCACGGUUGAAAUUGAAAGUUAUGGCUAUGAUAUGGCAGACCUGUAUCUUCACUGGAGAACCGGUCUUCAUUCUGUUCACGGCAUUCAGGAAAUAGAACUGCCUCAGUUCUCCAUUGUGGACUACAGGACCGUAGAGAAGAUAGAAAGUCUACUAACAGGAAAAUACCCACGACUGUCUCUGAGUUUUAAGCUACACCGGAAUGUGGGUUAUUUCAUCUUCCAGACAUAUCUUCCCUCCAUCCUCAUCGUCAUGUUGUCCUGGGUCUCGUUUUGGAUCAAUCACGAGGCCACGUCAGCAAGAGUCGCCUUAGGAAUCACGACAGUACUUACCAUGACAACAAUCAGUAAUGGCGUUCGGUCGUCCUUGCCGCGGAUCUCCUAUGUCAAGGCCAUUGACAUUUACUUAGUUAUGUGUUUUGUAUUUGUAUUUGCGGCGCUUCUGGAAUAUGCAGCAGUCAACUACACAUACUGGGGAAAGAGGGCAAAAAAGAAAAGGCGGAUCAAACAGGAAUCAGCUCGGAGGCGGAAGCCACGUGACGAAAUGACAAAAGUAAAUGAGGCGAAAAACAGAACGGUAGAAAAUUCAGAUGUGUCACCAGUGAUUUCUCUUCGAAACAUGAAAGAGACCAAGAUUGAAUUAGAGGCCAUAGACAUCCCCUCCAUUCCGCGAGCGUGCAUGUCACGUGGUUAUAUUCCGGAAUCUUUAGUGAAACGAAAACGGUCAUCAAGUUUGAAAAAGCAGCGCCUGCAAACGACACAGCCAUCAUGUGGACAGGGAAAGAACAAAUUCAAAAUUAGCAUUCCGUCGAUUGAUGACGUGAACAGCAUUGACAGAUUUUCGCGGUUGCUGUUUCCUGUGCUAUUUCUUGUUGUGAACAUCGUUUAUUGGGGAUUUUACCUAUUGUUCUAAAGAAGAAAAUGCAAACAAGAGGUACUGUGAGCAAUGCUCACUAAGAAUACCCCCCGCUUACCCCAAUCUCCCAAAGGGUGUUGGUAAUAGUUAAAACUUCAGUAUUAUGAUCCAAAAGGUAUCUAGGAACACAGCAUCUCCAUGCGAUGAAAAAAGCCAUUAAAGAAUUUAAAUGGAAACCAUAUUGCUACUUCGAUGUCCAGUGUGCAUGACCUUUGAC